UUCUAAGCUGGAUAUAUAAAUAGAGGAAUCGCGUCAAGUUCCACACAGUUUUCGAUCGCCAUAUCGUUCUCAUGCCUACACCUGAUCAUUUCUUCGACUCCGACAUGCCCGAGUGGGCCAGACAAUCCUUCGAACGAAAUUUCGGUCGCACGACCCGAAAUGAAUACUUCAAAACACCAUUCCAGAGGUGGCUACCACGGGACGAGGGUUCCUCUAUAAAGAUCGAGGAGAAAAAGUGGCAGAUCAACGUCGAUGUCCAGCAUUUUACUCCGGAUGAAGUGACUGUGAAGAUAAACAACGGCUUCGUGGUGGUGGAAGGGAAACACGAGGAGAGGGAGGAUGAGCACGGCUACGUCAUGAGGCACUUCUCUCGCCGGUUCAGGAUACCUGAGGACACCAACUGCAACGCCAUAGAAUCUAGACUGUCGUCAGACGGAGUGCUGUCAGUUUUAGCCCCACGCAUGGAACCACCAAAAGGCGAAUGGAACAUACCAAUAUCUUACACGGGACCAGUACGUACGGAAAUCAAAGAACCAGUUAAAAGUUAAACAACAAAUCAAUGGAAUACCCUUUUUAGACAAGUAACUAAAACAGUUGGUAAUUUUAUAAUAUUUGUUGUGAUGAUAGUGUUAAAAAUUAAAUUAUUUUAGGUAGUUCAGCUAGCUUUAAAUAAAUUCGUUGUUGUUA